GUUGAUUAUGUGCUUGAUAUUAUCACUGAGGUAUCUUUUUGUAUUUUUCUGCCGGGGAUGGGCCAGAUUGGGAAGGGCGGUACGAGGGUGAGACUUGGCGUUGGUGUUUUGGAACAUCAAAGAUGGACAGGGUUUUCGCGGAGGUCGCUCCUCGGAUAUCUCCACAACUACAGGUCGGGGAUCUUCCAAAAUCGAGAAGAUUGGUGCAUAUGGCUAGGUCACUUCACCUUACAAUUUGUAUGGCACUCUGGCCCGGGGUUGUGGUGUGGUAGGGGAGAACGGGGGAUAAUCCCACACAGGAGCUUCGAACAACGUCCGGUUCACGUUUGGCUGGAUAACUCCACCACCACACAGGGUAUGCGGUCGGCGAUGGGGUCAGAAUGCUCGUAUGAUCGAGGGCUUUUCGAUGGAUCUAUCGGCGGGUUCUUAUUCGAAAAAUCGAGCGAGUUCGUGGUUUAA